UGAGGGAUUUUACUAUAAAAACCAUUAUGAAGAUACUGAAUCUGAUUUUUUUGACUGCAACAGUAGCUACUGUACUACUCUCAUCAUCAUCAUCAUCCGGAAAAGUUGACGCGUUUGAUCCAGAUUGUUGGAGAGGAUUGACAUCCUGGUUUUCAAUGUCAUGUAAUAGUAAUAGUGAUUGUCCGAGUGAUUCGUGGUGUUUUUCAGGAAGGUGCAUAAUCCUAUGUGAGAAGUAUUGUUCAAGUGAUCAAUAUUGUUAUGAACUAUCUACAAAUUCAGUACGAUGCUGUACAAUAAAUUAUCGUAGUUGGCUCAAUCUUCUUCCAGAAUACGUUUGCGAAUAUGUUUAUUACUAGUUGGUAGACGAUAGAUAUACUUUCCA